UGUUUCCUUAGCAGCCUCUGCGUACGGCUCGCAGAGGGAAGCGCUGCUGUUGUUGUUUCGUCGCUUUUCUUUGUUUAUAGCUUUUAUUUAUCUGUUUCUCGUCUUUUCGAGGCUAUGGUAUGUGUUCGGCGGAGACGUCGGCGUGUCGGUUGCUGAGAACGAGCCUGCGUGCCGUCGCUGGGUCGCGUAGCGUAAGAUGGAGCCGCCAAAGUUUCCCUGUUGUACGGUAAACACACGCGUAGCUACGUGAGAGAGAGAGGGAGACAGAGAGAGAGAGAGACAGAGAGAGAGAGAGUUGUGAAGUAACUUGGCCGUAUAUUUACGAGGCGACCGAGCGCUGUUCCUCCAGUCCGUCGACGCAGCUCUCCGCAACGCCUCUUCAGCUCAGCUCGCUCGCCCCCAGCACCACACAGACUCCUGGCUGAAGCGAUGUCGCUGUCCGCUUAAGCAGCUUCGGGGAGCCGGUAGUGCCGCUCGCUCACACCUUAAAGCGGUUUAGGACGUUUAACUCCCAUUAUUUCCCGUUAAUUUCCCACAGGGACGCACAGGAGAGCCGGCAGAGAGCCUCGUUCCUCCAGGGACGCUCGAGUCAUUAGAGUUUGAGUUUUGUUGUGUUGCAGCUACGAGACUUUGCUAGUCAGGAGCGGUUGGUUGUUCAGGCGUCUGGGAUCCUUCAGCACGACUAGAUGCGGGCAUCUCACACCUGACAAAAGGCUGCCUUGCUGAGGGGACUUGGUCACAUCAGGACUUCCUGUUUCAGUGACCUCCACCCUCUCUGAUGGAGCUCCAACUGGCUUCCUUGUUGCUUGCCACGCUGCUGACCCUCCUGACCUCUGAAGUGACACCGUCCCUAGGACAGAAGGUUUACACCAACACAUGGGCCGUCCACAUCGCUGGAGGAGAGGAGGAAGCCAACAGGAUAGCCAGAAAGCAUGGCUUCGUUAACCAUGGCAAUGUAUUUGGAGAUUACUAUCAUUUCCGGCACCGCAGGGUGGUGAAGAGGUCUUUAUCGGAACACAGAGGAACACACAGUCGCCUUCACAGAGAACCCCAGGUAACAUGGGUAGAACAGCAGGUGGUGAAGCAGAGGAAGAAGAGGGAUAUUUACACCGAGCCAGCUGACCCCAAGUUUGCACAGCAAUGGUACUUGUACAAUGGCAACCAUCGUGACCUCAAUGUGAAGGAGGCCUGGGGGCAAGGUGUUACCGGACAGGGCGUGGUGGUGUCCAUAUUGGAUGAUGGAAUUGAAAAGAACCAUCCAGACCUGGAGCGUAACUAUGAUCCUGAUGCCAGCUAUGAUGUGAAUGAUGGGGACCCAGACCCUCAGCCCCGAUACACCCAGCUUAAUGAUAACAGACACGGGACGCGAUGUGCUGGAGAAGUAGCUGCCAUUGCCAACAAUGACAUCUGUGGUGUCGGGGUGGCCUACAAUGCCAAGAUUGGAGGAGUGCGCAUGUUGGAUGGAGAGGUGACUGAUGUGGUGGAGGCUCAGUCUCUCAGCCUAAAUCCUCAGCACAUCGACAUCUACAGUGCCAGCUGGGGACCAGAAGAUGAUGGCAAGACUGUAGAUGGCCCCGCAAAGCUGGCUAAAGAGGCUUUUCUACGGGGAGUGACUGAGGGUCGUGGUGGACUCGGCUCCAUCUUCGUCUGGGCAUCAGGUAAUGGCGGGCGAGAGAAGGACAGCUGCAACUGUGAUGGCUACACCAACAGCAUCUACACUCUGUCCAUUAGCAGCAGCACACAGUACGGGAGUGUGCCGUGGUACAGCGAGGCCUGCUCCUCCACCCUCGCCACCACCUACAGCAGUGGAGGACUCAACGAGAAACAGAUUAUCACUACAGAUCUCAGACAGAAGUGCACAGACUCUCACACAGGCACCUCGGCUUCAGCUCCUCUGGCUGCAGGCAUCAUCGCCCUCGCCCUUGAGGCCAACAAAAACCUGACGUGGAGAGAUAUGCAGCACCUGGUUGUGAGGACCUCUAACCCAGCCCACCUGAUUACCAAUGACUGGAAAACCAAUGGGGUUGGCCGUAAAGUAAGCCACUCAUACGGAUAUGGCUUGCUGGAUGCUGCUGCCAUUGUGUCUCUGGCCAAGAACUGGACCAACGUUGGCCCUCAGCAGAAAUGUGUCCUCUCCUUAGUGUCUGAGCCCAGGAACAUUGGUAACCACCUGGUGAUCUCCAAGAGUGUGGAUGCGUGUGCAGGGAAGCCCAACUUUGUGAGCUCUCUGGAGCAUGCUCAGGCACGGCUCACACUGUCCUACAACCGGCGAGGAAAUCUGGCCAUCUACCUGAUCAGCCCACAGGGCACCCGGUCCACUCUGCUUGCUCAAAGACCUCAUGACUACUCUUCUGAAGGCUUCAAUGACUGGGCCUUCAUGACCACCCACUCUUGGGAUGAGGACCCUCGCGGCGAGUGGACCCUGGAGAUCGAAAAUGUGGCUGGAGCCAGCGACUACGGCACACUCACCCAGUUCACAUUGGUCCUUUAUGGCACUGCUUCUUCCUUCAGUGGACCGUCCACACCAGACUCCAGCCAGCCCACUGAGGGCAGUUGUAAGACCUACGACCUCAGUCAGAUGUGCACAGAAUGCAAUCCGGGCUUCUACCUGUUCCAGCAGGGCUGUGUACGAGAGUGCCCCACUGGUUUCACGCCGGUCACCCGCUCCGUGUACACCACCGGCAACGAGGUGGCUCCCGUCCUCCACCCAGCUUGCGAGCUCUGCCACACCCUCUGCUUGACCUGCAGUGGCAUAGGCCCACAGGACUGUCUCUCCUGUCCCCCUCAUAGCCACCUGGACCUAGUCACCGGAACCUGCCUGCACCAAAACCAAAUCCAGCGUGAGUCACCCGCCAGCGUUCUGGAUCAGCAGCGGGCGGGGGGCUUGUCCGGGGUCGUCCGCCUGCAGCUCCUUUCCAGCCUGCCUGUCACCAUGGCGGUGGUCAGCUGUGCCUUCAUUGUUGCCACCUUCGUGGGUGUGUUCGCCCUGCUUCAGUUUCGCUCCCGCAACCUGUCCAAAGUGUACUCAGCCGAUGGUGGCCCAGGCUCUAUCAUGCGCUCUGGCUUUGGCCUAGGCCGCAGCGGGGUUGUGUCCUACAAGGGCAUCCCUAGCGUGUGGCACGAGGACGGUGUCAACUCAGAGUCCGAAAAUGAAGAGUUUGACAUCCACAAUGAGAGGACUGCCUUUAUCAAAACACAAAGUGCUCUUUAACCCUUUUCCACCCUCCCACACCCUUUUUCUAGCCUGUUCCGUCUUUUUGUUCGCCCUUUUUGUAGCCACUGACACUUUUUUCCUUCACGGGUUUGACUCUCCUACUUCUCUUAAGGCACACUGACCAAACACUUCCCAACAAAAGCUGACACUGAAGGUGACUGGUUUUAUAAGUGAGCCAAAUGAGCUGGUGUGCAUUGACAUACCCAGGCUCUGUGUUCUUUUGUAGUUACUGUUGCCAGGUUGGACAAGCUUUACAGAAGUUUGGCCAAAAUAUCAUUCAAUGUAAAAAUUGUAACAAACUUUGCUUAGAGUUGCUACAUAAUGUUGAGGUUUAGAGCUUAAUGUUCAAGCUUGACUAUGUUGUAGAUUAUUUAGGUAAGUCAGAUUGGAACAUCAAUUUUUGGCAAAGUUCUUUAAAGCUUGUCCAGCCUGGCAGCAGUUUCUACAGUUGAAUGCAUUUGUGGGCUGAGCAUGGAUAGGCCAGUUAGGGAGAACAUUUUUAGAGCAACUGUCACCAGCCCUCCUCCUGGAGAACAACUUUCCUACAGAGUUUAUUUCCACCCAUUGGUUCCAAAUGCACCAAGAAGUCUACAGAAGUUCAUUAGCUGCAGCAUAUGUGGUAGAUUGUGGUUGGAACUAGACCCAGGUAGGUAAAUGUCCAAGACCAGGGCUGGUGACCGCUUCAACAAACAAACACAUGCCCAGUCUUAGUAUGUUGGAGAGUGUUAGGUCAACGUGCUCAGGGCUUUAGGGUUCUAUUUAUUAAACUUUUUGUUUUGAAUUUCUCACACUGGUGAGCUGAGCUGAACAAAAGGUCAGGACCACUCUGAGUAAACCCGUUCGUCCCACCCUUCCCCGCUCACCUGGCCGGCUCACUCGUCUGUGCCUCUCUAUGAAAGCCUCCAACACUUGAAUGGCUGUAAAGUGACUAAGAAGAGUUGAUUGUCGCAGGUUGCCAGCAGGGCUCUCCCAAAUGAACACAAUAAACACAUGAUUGUCGGUUAGUCUCUUCCUCUUUAUUUAGUCCCGUCUCAGAUUGCCAACGAGAUUUAAGGAAAAAAAUGUGUGUAAUUGUGACCAUAUGCGAUGAAACGGAGCUGGGGUGAAGGGUGCCGAGUGGUGUUUUAAUCACAGCUGAUUCAUUUCGAGUCUAGUGAAUCACUGCGGAGGAACCUAAAACGCUGAAUCUAAGCCUUGCCUAUGCUGGGGGCCUUUUUGUUUUUUAAUCAUAUCUUUUUAUCUGCGUUCUUUUGCGAUUCGUCGUCUGGAGUCAUGAAGUUACCAUGUAUCUCUCUCACAUCAGAGAACCUGAGUGAGAUGCUCCCACAGAGCAUUGAAAAUGCUGAACUUGUGUAAUUUUGUUUUUCCUUUUUUCUUUAUUUUCCGAAGGCAGUUUAAACUGCAGUACCCUAGUGCUCUCGUUGACUCCCUGUAGGGGAGUUGUCUCCGUACACUCUGGCAGCUGCUCUAAGCUCAUUCUGCAGCAUUGCUCCAGAGCUGAAGACUUUUGCAAUUCUGUUUUGCAGUUGAAGCUUUGGGAAGGAUAAAAACACUAGCGGAGUCUCUCAGCGUUGCCCUGAGGAGAUUGAGAUGAGGCACUUUGCUAGUUUGGAUUAUCUUUAUAUCUUGUAGACAUGGUGAAACUUUUUUGCCACCAAUUAAGUAACUUUUAUUUGUUUUUAUUUGGAAAAACUACAAGGGCUCAAGUGAACCUAUGAUCAUUUUAAUGCAGCUAUUAGAUGAGUGGGGCAGGGAAUCGGAAUAAAUUAUCCUUUGAUCUGGUUAGAUGACUAGAGAAUUAGUCAGGUUAAUAUUUAUCAUCUCUUAUUUCUGGUGGUGUGCUUUGGCCUUGUUUAAUUUUUACUUUCUUUUUUUUAAUAUUUUUGUCUUUCUUCUUCUGUUCAUGCUCACGUAAUUGUGGUCUCACAAAGGGCUUUCAUAGUCUUGGAGGCUGUGAGCUGAAUUUCUUGAGAGAUUAAAUAGUGACCACCUGGAAUAGGUGCAUUUGUUUGCAGAGGAUAUAUUAAUAUAACAUGGACAGAUUUUCCAUACAGAUUUUUUCUUAUGAAAAGGUAGCAUACAUAGCACUAUAAUUGUUUCAGUUCUUUCAACAGCAGCAUUACACUAAGAACAGUCUGAAGGUCUUCUCUUUAAUGGUGCAGUAGAUAAGACUGCACUUAUCAAAGCAUUGAUGCUAUUUCAGUCCUAGUUGCUACAACACUGUCUCUUCCCACAGUCUCAUGUGGAUGAUACUACAAAACUCAGAACGCUGCGAUGCUUGUAAAUGAGCCACCACCGUCUCUGGGCUCAGACUAUGGCAUACUGAACAGUCAGAAACAUUGACUCCAUCCUUCAGAAAUUAGUUUUCUGUCAUGAUUUUAUUUAUUUCUUUUCCUGGACUGUGUGCUCAACCUUAAUUAUAGUGCCAAGGUUGCUAGAGCAAUAGGAUCUCUUUCCAGUAUCUAACCAUAUUUAUGGCAGUUAAGUAUCUAGAGUUAUUUUUUUGGGUAGUGUGACCUUCCCUGUUUUUAAAUCAUAGUUAAUUAAAUCCUGCCUUGGGAAGAUGUAUGAUUUAUUGAUGCUUCAAAGUGGUUUACUCUUAAGAUGUUUGUUUUUUUUUUUUUUUCUUACCUCAAUUUUUUUUAUUUCCGCUUUAAUGUAAAUUGCAUAUGUAUAUAUUCACUUUUUCAUCUAUUCUAGUUUUUUUUCCUUUCUUUCUCAUCACUGUCCUCUCUAGAAUGAAUUUACAGUAUAUGUUACAGGAAUCAGGAUGAAAUCAUAGAGCCGAUCACCACUCAUUAUACAUAAAGAACCAAAAACAAUGCGUUAUAUGAUGUGCACACCAUCAAUUCUGUCGCUCAUCAGAACAAUCAUUUCGCUGUGUAGCUCUGUUUGAUGCUAAGCAUAAGCCUCCAAAGCUUCCUUUUUGUGUUUUCAUACAUCAAAAAGCUUCCUUAGGCCACUCUAUGCAGGACAAAUUCUCCUGUAAUUGGUCUCCACUGUCCACUCAUGCUGAUGUUGUCUGUAGGCCAUAGAGGGAGAGGUGCUUUUUUUCUGAAUUCCAAUAGCUAUUAAGUUUUUCCAGAAUGAAAGUGAGGUGUAGGAUCCAGCAUUGAUCUAGCAUUCUAAAACCACCUUUUAAAAUAUUUUGUACAUACGCUUCUGUUUGAAAGUUUGGAGUCACUGUUUUCAAUAAUAUAAAACCAGGUUUGUUUUUGUUGAUGUAACUGAUUUAACAUAUUGGAAAUGUAUGUAUGUGUGUGUAUGUAUGUAUGUAUAUAUAUAUAUAUAUAUAUAUAUAUGCAAACAUAAUUAUGAGCAAAUAGGGGUUAAAAAAAAAAACAAUUUCAAAAAACACAAGCUUAAAUUUCAAAUAUGCCAUAACUUUCACACAGACGACUUAUGUUAAACAUUAAAUAUACAUACAACAAAUAAACAGUAAUUGUACCUUAAAAUGUCAUAUUUAAGUGUGUUGACUGUAAAGGAUGUUUUCACUUCAACAUGUUUUUGACUAGGGUGCCCAAACAUUUGCACGACUUUAUAUCCAGAAUGCCCCGUGUUUGAGGAGUGAUCAUGUCUCAUUGAUUAAAUAACUUUUUAGAAAUUUGACUAAAAACUAGAAAUAGAUCUUUGCAGUUUAUUAUUUAAUAAUGUGUUACUUUGUUUUUCAAUCUACACUGUACAAGUCAUUAUGAAGUGUUAUUAAUAUGACAUGUGAUUCCAAACUUUCACAUUGGUGUAUAAACCGUAGGUAAUACAUUCCCAGUCUUGGAAUAUUGCAUGAACGAUAUAAUAAUUGGAUUCUUUAUACAUCCUGAUAGCAUAAUGCUGCAAUAUAAGUGAAGCUUAUAGAACAGGCCUGUCAGGAGACAGACAUGUUUUCAAGAGCGUUAUAGGAACAUGGUUCUCUAGUCUAACCUUGGAACUUGCAUUGCAGCCUAAUAGCAUGACAGCAUCUCAAAGUGCAAACAUUCUGCCUUCUUUAGAUCCCAUUCUACAACAUUCAAACACCUCUCCUAACUGUGACUUCCACUCAUGUCUCUUUUCCUUUAGUUCUCGGUUCUGUAGCGUGGCCCUUGGAGUCCUGCAGGUCGUCAGUUUCGUCCCUGUACUGUGUAGGAGUUGUGCUGCAGCUACUUGGUGGCCUUUGUGGAAUUUGCUGACAGACUAGUAAAAGUAAUGAGACCACCUUAACCUUGGCUUUAAGGUUUCUCUUCAUUCUUAAAGGAAUUUAACAGUGUUUUUCUAGCUAAUAUCUAUCUGCUUCAUCUGUAGUGUAGGGUCAGUUACCACAGACAAUCAUUUCAAUCUGUUUCCCUGUAAAGAGUUAAAGAACCCAAACCUGUUGGCUCAAAACGUGUGUAAUAGAAGCCAUUGGGCUUUUAUUAUAUGGCUGUUUUUUGAGUCAGUGGUAAGAGACCAUAUAAUAUAGGUGUAGCUGGUGGAGAUUAGCUCAGAAAACACUAGCAUAAGGUUGUUGUGAUCUUGCCAGUUUUCAUCUGGAGGUCACCGCCACCCACCCCCUACAUACAUGUUCUAGACACACUCGUUGCAGACACAACCUCUAAAUUCCCAGUGAGGAACGUGGGGUUGCCCUCACAAUAUUGUAUAGAUGUGCUCCAAAAGACUUGAAUGUCUGCCCCCCCCCACCCCCACCCCCGCGGAGGGGGCUCAUCCAAGUUCAGCACAGCUGCGUCUCACUCUCUCACCAAGCCUUUCGGACUUCACCGGACUUCUCCGCCCAUUUUAAAUUGUUCUGUCGUCCGACAGUCGCAUCUAGUACCUUAGUAACAGAGACCUAUUGUUUGUUGGAAAGACUAUAGUAUAUAUCAGACAGGACAACUACAUUAAUAUAAAAUAAGGCCUAUUUUUGUGUAUUGUCAUACAUGUAAUUUAAAGAUUUUGCCUUUAAAAAUUUUUUUCUCCUUUAUUUAAUUGAUGUCAAUAUGCGGAUUAUAGAUUCUACAAAAAUAAAGAUCUAUGCAAAGUUA